AACAGUGAGGCGGAGACGGGGACGGGCUCGGAUGUGCUCACUUCACGGUACUUCUGGAUCCUCGGGCCCGACCCUUCCAGGACGCAGCGGCGGAGAGAGGGCGCAGGCCGGCAGGCAUCGACUCAGUCCCGGGCGGAGGACACACUCAUCCAAGCAGCACUGACUUCUUUGGACUGGGAUUGGAUUCGGAGUCACCAUGCGACCCGCGGCAGCUUCUGCCGCCCUCCUGUGUCUGCUGGCCGGAGCCAUGGCGGCCGUUCAGCUCCCAGAGACGGUGUUUCUGGACAAGCAGCAGGCGAGCUCGUUGAUGUCCCGUCAGAAGAGGAACACGGGCGGGAGCCAGGCCUCCACUCUGGAGCAGGCCUGCAUGGAGAAGGUGUGCACGUACGAGGAGGCCAGAAGGUUCUUCCAGGACUCGUACCGCACGGAUAUCUUCUGGUCGGUCUACAUCGAUGGAGACCAGUGUGCAGAGAAGCCGUGCAAAAACGGAGCCAUGUGUUCAGACAGCGUGGGAGGAUAUGACUGCGUCUGCAAGUCUGGCUUCACGGGCGUCCACUGUGAAACAGACCAGACUCUGUGCACCCUGGAAAAAGACAAGGGCUGCUCCCAGUUCUGUAAGCCAGACUACAUAUCCUACAAAUGCUCCUGCGCUCCGGGAUGGAGGCUCAGCUCCACCGACAGGAAUAAGUGUGAACCAGCAGUUGCUUACCCCUGUGGUAAGGUGAGGAGCCUGAGCCAUGGGGAGAUAAGAUAUACCAGUAACGCGCAGACCAACUUUGAAGGAUUCAUCUGCACUUCCAAAGAGUGUCCCUGGCACGCGUUCCUGAAGAGUCCAGAGUCAGCAGGUUUCUGUAGCGGCGUCAUCCUGAAAGACAACCUCGUCCUGACCACGGCGCAGUGUGUCACCAAAUACGAUUCCUACCAAGUGGCCGUUGACAAACGCAGUGUGACUCCGGAAAGCGACGGAAGCACGUUUUUCGUGAAGAAGCAUCACAUCCACCCUCGCUAUGUGGAGGGACGUCCCGAGAACGACCUGGCCUUGAUCGAGCUCCGCGACCGAAUCAGGUUCUCCAGCACCGUCAUGGCCGCCUGCCUGCCGGAGAAGGACUUUGCCGAGAGCAUCCUGAUGAAGGGGGACCUCCCGGCGGUGGUCACCGGCUGGAGGGAGCCCAGAGACAGGCCCGCUUUCCAGGGUCAGCUCUCGCUCAACCACCUGGCGUACAACCGGCUGCCGCAGUGCCUGGACACUUUCCCCGACCUGAUGACCAACAAAAUGGGCUGCACCGCCCCUCGAGCCCGGGCCGACUGCGACAUGAGCGCCGGCAGCCCCCUGCUCACUCUGUACCGGGACGUCUUCUUCCUCACCGGGGUGGUGAGCAAGCCGCCCGGCGCCGACUGCACCAAGGGCUACAUCUUCCAGAAGGUGUCGCGCCACCUGGGCUGGCUGCGGAGCCUGGGCGCGCGUUAGAGGGGCGAUCAGCGGCGAAUAUAUUAUAAAACAGGGAACACCAUGAGCAUUGUAGUCUUCUCUUCUUAUUAGUCCUGUGAGAGUAGCCAUAACCACCCUAACAUCAUACACACUGUUGUCUCUUCCCUCUCUGGGCACUUCCUCUUAAAUCCACCAGAUGGCGCCGUGUUAACAUAAACAGUACAGACCUUACUGCAUGUGUCUGACAACCUCAAGAUUAGAAACCGCAAGAGGUGUGUGAGUUAUUCAGCUUGUGUGUUUGUGAUGUGGCCAUACCUUUUAGCAGCUCUUAAGGGAUGUUAUUUUAACAAUAUCUGUAUCGGUUGACAUGGACCUUUUAAAACUCCCUCUUCUCGUGUGAAUGUAAUAAACAUUAACACC